AUGAGAAUCGAGUAUUUAAUGAAAAAAAAUUAGCAGUGAUUUUAGAGAAACUCAAUCUUAAAAAAAGAAAAUUUUUACAUAGAUUGACUGGGUAAGAAUUAGUCAGGAACCAAAUUCACCGGUUGCCUCAUCCUCUUUGCAAGAUGGAAGGCAGGAAAAGGACACACUCCGAUGCGGGUGAAAGUGUGAAUAGUCCAACGCCACACGACAGUGACACUGAAAAGUCAACAACUACAUUAGAGAGUUCAACAACUACAUCAUCAUCUGAACCUUCGAGCAAAAAUGAUUCAUUUUUUCCAAAUAGCACUUCCAAAUGGAGGCGAUCUGAUGUAGACAAAUUGGGAAUAAAACUCUUGUACAGGGCUUGUGCGAUGGACGUUGUAUAUGAAUGGGGGCUAUAUAAAAUGUUUAGAAAGGAUGUAGUUUCAGAAGAAUUGAAUACUGUGGAGGAAAUUUUAUAUGUGUGUAAUUCAAUUGAAGCGGAUUUCACAUCGUUUGAAGAAUUACAGAGAAAGUUUAUUGAAAAUCCCGCGAUAUGUAAUGAAUUCCUUCCAACAGAAAAGAUGCCCAAUGGUAUUGGAUUAUGUUCAUCCCGCUUUGAGGAGUUUCAACAAAAAUUGGAACUUGUUUUAAGAGAGGAAAUUGAAGUGAACGAUUCUGUCUCAGAAUCCAACUUUCAAACUUUAUUUGAGGACUUUCUCAAAAUAUGUGGCAUAAUCACCAGGCACCAACCUGAUAUUGCUAUAAAAAAGAUGAAGGUCAAGGGUGAAAUUGUUUCUUCAGCACCAGAUAUAUUAUGCUAUGGUUUGGAGGGGAGAGUUUUAUGUGUUGUAGAGGUUAAAAAGAACAUAAAAGGUGAAGAUACAUAUGGUAGUCCUGUAAUCAAGAAAACAUGCCAUGCAUCUUCUGAAGUAGAUCCCGGCCUACCAGAUGCCCUUCUUGCUCAACAUAUAGGAGAACUGUUGGCCUAUCUUGACAAAUCAGUGACACAUAUGGAUCUUUGUGGAAGUGUUGGUAGAGAUAUUCUUGGAUUUACGGUUGAAAAAACACAAGUGACUGUUACACAUCUAGAGUUAACUGAACUCAGCUGGGAAAAAAUUCAAAAUACCACCAGAAAGGGAUCACUUAAGCAUGUGGAGAAACCGGUUCUUCACUACAGUCGACAAUAUGACUUUUUGAAAAAAUCGGAUAGACAAGAAUUGUUUAAGGUUAUUCUCCAUAUAAAAUUAAUGCAUUUUGUUCAUGAAAAAGUAGCAGGGCAGAGAAAAACUAAGGGGACAACUAACAUCCUGUCUAAAAAAAGAUUUUGACAAAUCACCAUCAUUAAUGCUGUAUUGAAAUAGACAAGAGGUAUUUUUUGGAGUAUUUCAACCAAAGAGUAGGUCUGGGUGACCUAUGUUUGAAAUUUUUUGGUUGUAUUUAGAUAUUUCAGAUACCACCUGUAUCUGAAGUAAUUUGUAUUAAUUUCCUGACCCGAAUUGUUAGAACUUUUAUAUGAUAUGUUUCUUAUAUAAUAUAAGAUUGUAAAUUGUUCAAAUCAUAGUCCUCGGGUGUAGGCUUGGAUCACAAAAUAGGGCUGAUUUUAAGGGGGGAAAUGUCUCUGACUAAAAAUUCCACAGAAAGGGAUAAUAAAAAAAUGAAAUCUGAUGAAAAACUACAACAGAACCAUUGAUUUGCAACAACCCAUUUUCAUCUCAAGAACCACCGAGCCAAUUUCAACCAAAGUUGCACAAAGUAUCCCUGGGUAAAGGGUAUUCAAUUUUAUACAAAUGAAGGGCCAUGCCCUUCUUCCAAGGAAAGAUAAUUAUGAAUAAGUGAAAAAUUAAUGGCAUCAUUUAAGAACCUUCUUCUCAAAAACAACUGUGCUAGAAAAUAUGAAACUUACGUGGAAUCAUCCUCAGGCAGUGUGGAUUCAAGUUUGUUCAAUUCAUGACCCCCUGGGGUUGGAUGGGGCCACAAUGGGUGAUCAAAG